AUGCAUGGCUAUCAUUCUUUACCAGCAACGAAAUUGUACUGGUCAAAAGAUGAAGACAAAAAUGUAUCAAUUGAAAACAUUCAUCUAUGUGAUAAUGCGGAUCUGGAUAAAAAUGAUAAAUUCGCUAAAUUGCGUCCUAUUUUCGAUGUAAUGAAUCAAAAGAAUAUGCAGUUUGGGAUAUUCUCACACAACUUGUCAAUUGACGAAGAAAUGGUGCCGUAUUUUGGACGUCAUAGUUGCAAGAUGUUCAUCAAAGGAAAGCCUGUGGCAUUUCACCCAAUUUUUGGUUUGAUGGUUUCAUCAUCCGAGGACGCUACUAUAAAAAUUUGGGACUUCGAAACUGGAGAAUAUGAACGUACUUUAAAAGGUCAUACCGAUUCUGUUCAAGACGUAGCAUUUGACGCCCAAGGAAAGCUUUUAGUAUCAUGCAGCGCUGAUUUAUCCAUUAAAUUAUGGGAUUUUCAACAAAGUUACGAAUGCGUAAAAACAAUGCAUGGUCAUGACCAUAAUGUUUCGUCUGUGGCGUUUGUGCCGGCUGGAGAUUACGUAAUUUCAGCAUCACGAGAUAAAACCAUAAAGAUGUGGGAAGUGGCCACAGGAUACUGUGUAAAAACAUAUUCUGGCCAUAGAGAAUGGGUGCGUAUGGUUCGUGUGCACCUGGAUGGAAGUAUAUUUGCUUCUUGUUCAAAUGAUCACUCUAUUCGUAUUUGGCAAACGAGUACAAAGGAUUGCAAGGCCGAACUUCGAGAUCACGAUCACACAGUUGAAUGUAUAGCUUGGGCACCGGAUAUAUCCACAACUGCUAUAAAUGAAGGUACUGGCGUUGAUAAUAAAAAAGGGCACCAUCAAGGACCAUUUUUGGCAUCGGGAUCUCGAGACAAAACCAUAAAAAUUUGGGACGUUAGUGUUGGUGUAUGUUUGUUCACUCUGAAUGGCCAUGACAAUUGGGUCAGAGGGUUAUCAUUUCAUCCAGGCGGUAAAUAUCUUAUAUCAGCAAGUGAUGACAAAACCAUUAGAGUUUGGGAUUUACGCAACAAGCGAUGUAUGAAAACGCUGUAUGCACAUCAGCAUUUUUGCACUUCAAUUGAUUUCCAUAAAACUCAUCCCUAUGUUAUUUCCGGAAGCGUAGAUCAGACCGUAAAGGUUUGGGAAUGCCGUUAAUUGCAUUGACGGAUUACGUUUACUUUUACCUAUAACCAGGCGACAUCAUUUGAAUUUCAGAAGUAAAAUUAUAUAAAAUAGAUUAUCAUACAUAUGUAAUUCAAUACGAUAUAAUAUAUUUAUUUAGUAAUGAUUAUAGUAUAACGAAAAUCUUAUUAAAAUAUUAUUUAUUUUAAAGCAAGAACUAGAGCAACUGAUGAAACAUUUAAAGAGCAAGUAUAUUAAUGUAAUAUUAUAAUAAAAGUAAAUAACAAAGCUUACAGUCGGUAAAUAUAAAUAGAUUCUUAUAUAUAAACAGUUCUAUUCAAUAUA